AACAGAGAUUGUUUGACGGUACAAACAGUAAACAGUUGAUGUAUAUAUAUAUAUCCGGCAGAAAGUUGCUGUGUUUGUUGAUAAAGACACAGGUGAACCGGUCAACUACAGUGUUAGUGUGUUUGUUGUGUGUGUUUGUGAAGUGUUGGUGUAGCGAGGUUGUGUCUAUUAAUAUCUUUUCGAAUGUCAUUUUGUGGGUGAGAAUUCGUGAUUAGUUGUGAAUUCCGUCGGUUGUUGAGACAUUGAUGUCGUCUCCGUCAGUACGUAGCGCCUCCGUCACCGCCGUCAGCAGAUGUGGUCGCCGUCCGCAGCCGUCAGUCAACAGCUCUUGACUGACUUCAGUAGUUGAUACGACAUUGAGCAACGUAUCAAAGGGACCAUGAGCGGGCCGACGAGACUGGAGUUUACCGUGGGAGGGACUCGGAGGGAGGGAGAAGACUCUCCCAAGGACUCUCCCGAGGACUCUCCCGAGGACAUGGAUGCCUCCAGGCGGCAACUGGAGGAUGCUCACGGCGCAGGCAGCUGCUGGAUGUAUUCCACACCUCAGGUGAGCGUCAGUGAGUGGGGGAGCCACAGCGGACAGUCUAGUGGCUCCUGUACGCCACAGUCACGCUCCCCUUCACUUGUUUCCAUGUGCUCUGACACCUCCUGGGGCGACGGCUUCCCGCCUCGGACCUCGGAGGAGAGAACGACUCUGGCUCUGGGUGCCAUCGAGGGCAAGAGUAACCGAUGUUCCCAUAUGCCAACAUCGUCAUCCGCCACUCAACUUCGAUGUCUGGACGAAGACAAUAUUGUCAACACCAGAUUCUGUGCCUCGCAGGAGACUCUUGCACCCGAGGUCGACUACACCAAGCGGAAACAGUCACUGAAGAACAUGUUCCUCGAUGUCUUUCAUCUAGAUUCCAGUCGGCGAGGGCGGUCGGCCACCCAGGAUCGCCACAGAAAUCACUCGAACGACGAUUCGCCCGUUAGAAAACUCCUUUCCAAGAUCCGCUCACGGUCUCAGAGUGACCUGCUGGACAGUGAGAGUCAGAGCUCCUCCGGCAGCCUCGAUCUUCAGGGACAUCAAGAGCGGCGAGUCAGCCUCAAUCCGGAGGUGAAGGCUGGCAUAGCCGUAGAUGUUGUUCCACCCACUGCCAUAAACACACGGUUGUUGGGUCGUUAUCGCAAGAACAGCGCACAUCAGACAAAGAGGAGAUGGAGUCUCUUCGAUCACCACCUCCUCAAAAGCCGAAGUUCUCGUCUCGAAGAAAUGACAGACAUCUCCCGUCUGGACAGCUCCGGCGACGAGCAGUGUACGGACAGACUAGAAGCGUCAGGAGAGACUAUGAUAGAGGGAGACGGAGGACUCCCUGACCCUCCACUGGAAGCCGAAGACCACAGCUCCCAGAAGAGACGAGUGGUUCGGACCCGCUCGAACUCUGAAUCGACCAUCCUUGUGAAGAAGAAGAAAAAACGAAAAGACUCUCGUAUGAUCGAUCGUCUGCUGGACUUCCGACACAGGAAGUACGACCUGCGCGGUAGUCUCCCUUCCCUAUUGGUGGACAAACUUCACUUUGCGCAGGACAGCCACUCCAAAACUCCCGCCAAAAACUCGAGGAGCAGAGACGAUGCCCUCAUGCGAGGUAUUCCUCGAGACACUGACGAUUCCCUGGACUUCGAGGACUACGACAAGGCCUCACGCGCCCAGUCCAUGCACGACCUAACGGACUACGCAGACGACGACUACUAUAGUCCGGAGGCGGACCGUCGCUACUCUCAAGACAGCAUAGACUCGGUCCACGGAACAGGCCUCAGCGACAAGGAGAAUCAGUCGCCGUUCCUGACGGAGGAACACGCCAGAGGGCGCAAGCAACGAUUCUCAAUCGACAACAUUUGGAACGCUUUCAGGGGACGGAGGCUGUCGCAGGACGUGGGAGCCGCCGGCAAGCAUGUCACUGAUGCUGUCGUUCCGUGGAUCAGAAGCAAGAGCCGCAGCGUGGACCACAGCAUCCACAGUCCCUUCGAUCUGGACGCUCUUCGACGCAAGAUCGGAGAGCGCGCCUCCUCCGAACCCUCCAGGGACAUCUCUCCUUCCCCAGGUAGGUCCUUAUAUGUAUCUUAA